AUGGCAGCCCUCCACCAGACACCCCGCCUGCAGGUUGAUUUCUCCUGGAAAAAGUUCAAAUGCCUCAUCACGGACACCAGCAAUCCCGAUGCGGACCCUGUCUACAUUGUAGACUGGCAAGCUGUCAAGGCUCCGCAUCUGAUUUUCAAACGCCCAGCAGACGACGUCACAAUCGGUACGGGCACCCUGCACGCAGUCAAGAUCAACGCAGACUAUGAGGUCGCCGGCCGAAAAGGUACUUUGGCCGCGCAGAAGCGAUUCAAGACCCUGUAUACACACCAGUCAUAUGCCCUGUCCGACACCGACGAGCCAGUCACCCUGACCUGGACCAGUGACAGCGGCUUCACGACCUGGGACUUUGUCUGCGUCGACGAGCGACAGCGACCGGUGGCCAAGUACUCGGCCAAGAUCUGGGGCAUCAAGAAGAUCGGCUACAUCGAGUUUAUGGACGAUCGCGAACUGACCGAUGCGGCGCGCGACGAGCUUGUUGUCACAGGAAUGACUCUGUUCUACUGCAUGUGGCUGCGGGUGAACAACAUCUUCUCUCUCUUUGGCGCCGUUUUCCAUCGUACGGGCAAGAGUCAGUCGGGGCAAGAGGACGUGAAGAAAGACAGUUAG